AUGGCAGAAUCAGAAUUGCAGAAUCAGAAUUCUUUAUUGUCACAUGAUAAUGAGUUCAUCAAACUGGUCCUGACAAUGGUGGAACCACGACAAUCAUCGCCGCAUGAAGUCAGGAGACAAGAGUUUCGAGUGUCCCGUCUUCGCUUGCACGAUUCCAUUGACGAUCUCUUACACGAACUAUUCUCUGCUGCAUUCGAUCAUCCGCUACCAAAUUAUGUUAUGGACAUCAUGUCCUUGCGAUUAUCUUCAUACAAUGUCGACCCAAAUAUAGCUACAAUCUGUUUGUAUUUUCUACGGGUAGCUGCGACCUUCAAUGACUGGCUUCUGCUAUUUUCGUCGGACGAGUUUAGUGUUGAGGAAGUGGUGACUUACGCAUUCUCAGAUACAUCUUCGGAGUUGAUGACAAGAAUAAUGAAGCUGAGCAGGUUGGUGAUUGCAGAGACAACUAGUUGUUCUAUUUGUUUUGAAGCUAUGGCUGUUGGGUCUGAAGCCCAUAGUUUGCCCUGCUCUCACUCUUAUCAUUAUACCUGUAUUCAUCAAUGGUUGUCUCAUCAUGACACAUGCCCCCUGUGUCGUUUUAAGUUGAUUCUUUAA